AUGGCCAUUGUAAUGGCGGGCGACAAGCGGCGGAUCAGAUACGAACGAGCAUCAGGCGUUGGUGAUGUGCUAUAUCGCCAUGUGAGCGGGGAAUGGAACGAUGCAAGAACUGUGACAACUCGAAUCAAUCAAUCGGACAGCCCGGCCAAAGCAGGAGGCAGAAAAGCUGCAGAGAUUAACGGGAAGCACAUCGACCCCAGCGGCUGGGCAGGUCGCCAGAUUGGUCGCUUGGUGGCUGACUUUUGUGCAUCCGGGGGUGACCACGCCGAGGCGGGCAAAUUGGCGCGGUCCAGUGUGACAGGCAAGGUGACGAACAAGGCAGCAUGCAGGUCAAUCCACGGGCAUAGCUCCGGAAUGCAGACAUGUAAUCAGUGGAACUUGCUAGUGACCGGUGGGGGCGGCUGGCCUCUUCUCGGCAGACGAUUGAUGCUCGGGCAAGGAUUCGUCUGCAGACUGCACAAGCACGGGCGGAAGCUAACGAGGGAUCGAUUCAUGGCAGAUUCUUCGUCCAAAGUCGAGCUGCCGUCGAUCCGCUCUGCGGCUGGCAUUUGGUCUCCGACUUUGCUGACGACAGCGCAGGGAGAUCUAGAACGACUCCGUUUUGACGAAGAAACAGGCUCCCAGACUUUUCAACGGCCACAGUGCUGGAAACUCGGGCCACUCUCUGCCGCCAGGAAAUCACGUCCUCGCUCGCCAAGCAAAGGCAGUGGAGCAACGACAAUCACGAACUCGCCGCCACCAACAUCAAAGUCCCUCCUCCCAAUUAGGUAA